GCUGCCCUCUCGGGGUCCUCAGAAGAGACUUUGCCGCGGUGCAGUCUGGGACCUUCCUUUCCAUCCAAGACUCGCUCCUGCAAUCAUGGGAAAGUGUCGUGGACUGCGUACGGCUCGUAAGCUCCGUAACCACCGUCGUGAGCAGAAAUGGCACGAUAAACAGUACAAGAAGGCUCAUCUGGGCACCGCUCUCAAGGCUAACCCCUUCGGAGGAGCUUCCCACGCCAAGGGAAUUGUCCUGGAGAAAGUUGGUGUUGAGGCUAAGCAGCCCAACUCUGCCAUCAGGAAGUGUGUGAGGGUCCAGCUCAUCAAAAACGGAAAGAAAAUCACUGCUUUUGUGCCCAACGAUGGCUGCCUCAACUUCAUUGAGGAGAACGAUGAGGUUCUGGUGGCAGGAUUUGGUCGUAAGGGUCACGCUGUGGGAGAUAUUCCCGGAGUCCGGUUCAAAGUGGUGAAAGUUGCUAAUGUGUCUUUGCUGGCUCUGUACAAAGGCAAGAAGGAGAGACCCAGGUCCUAAAUGAGCUGAAUAAUAAAUGUUUUCAAUAAGAAA